CGUGACUUAACCGCCAUGGGGUCCACUUUGUUGGUCUGCCUGCAAGGCUGGAGCCGUGGACGAACCCACACUGGCAAGGGUCAAACGGACACCGGCGUGAGUGCGAGCACGGCACCCACUUGAUGCAGUGCAGGAAUCCACCCAUCACUGUAGCAUGUAUAUCUGGGGUCUCACUUUGUCGCAAAUCGCAAAUCAGUCAGUCCCUUUGGGCUCUCACUCUCAUCAAAAACGCAUCACACCACACCACACCACACGACACCAACAACAAAAGCUCCCUAGAUGGAGUCAGCCUUACACUCACACACAUACAUAGUCACCCGUCGGCGACAAUUCAACAAGACACCCACUCGUCCACACGUCUUCAAUGGGCUAUCCACAGCUUCACCAGCAGAACUCCAACAAUGGCACCGCAAAAACUGGAUGCCUGAAUGACCACCCCACCAAUUGUUCCCAGGUCACGAGGCGUCACCUUCCGAUGAUGACGUGCUGGCGCCUCCCGCCGCAUGACGGCUGCAGUGGUGGUGGUGGUGGUAGUGGUGGAUGUCGCCACAGGCUCUUCCACAGCAGCAGGAAGAGUCUCACCCUUGUCAGCCGUCCCCCCCUCCCCAUCUUUGCCGUCCACCUGUCCCCGGAAGCGCAUUGUCGACCCAUCCUGGCGAAACGUGCCGUACCGGUCAUUCGCUGCAGUGCUGUCCUUGUCAGCUGCAGACGGCCGGUCCUGUUGGGUGGCGGGGGCGGCAUCGGCGUCUUGCUGGCUGUCAAGCGAGGCCUGUAGGUGCCGCCACACGUGUGUCUUGAGGAAGGAAGCCAGGCACUUGAGGGCGACUUGAGCCGACAUCAUCACCCACGCCCCGUUGACCACAAGGCCGAACAGGGGUUUGGGGUAGACCAGGCUGCUCGAUAGGGCAUAGCAGGCCACCAGCACGUACACACACCAGACGAGAGGGAAGAGCAUGCCUCCUUGAGCAGAAGUGGCGCACUCGCCCGUCGCCUCGCAGUCGGCAGCCGUUAGCGGCUCCCCCUCCAGCCGCCGUGCAGAUGCGCUGGCGCGCCCCCCGCCCCUCAGGCGAGCCACAAUGGAGGCAAUCCACCAUCUGCUGCCCACACUGGUGUCGGUGGAUGGUGUGACGGCUGUGGUCGACAGAGACUGAGAAGAGGGCGGCGCGGCGUCUUCGUCAGCAAGUUGCUGCUUGACAGGCUGUGUGGGGGGCCUUCCGACGGUGGUGCAUCGAUUGAGGAGGGCUGAGAGGGGCGAGAGGAAGAUCGACACGAUGCCUGCGUAGUAGAGGGCCGUGUUGCCGUUGUUGUAAGCCGCAAAGGCAAACGAACUCAGAGCGGGAAACACCCUGAGAGAGAGGAGAAGAAAAGAUACGCACAGGUAGAGAGAGAGAGAGAGAGAGAGAGAAACAUGCAUGAUUGAAACAAACGCCUGGUUGUCGUCCCUCCCCACUCACUCACCCGUUGCCAAGUGCGUUCAAUAUGGCCAUCAAGCCAAACGACGGCCAGAAGCGAAGAAUCACCUCAAACGGGAAAGCACCACCACCGCUCGCCACACCACUGUCCCCUUCGCCCCCAGCAGCAGCACCGGCAGCGCCAGCAGCCUCACUCUCCUCGUUUGUCGCAGUCACCUCGCCCCUUCCCCCUUGCAACACAUCCAGCAGCCGAUCGCCCUCUUUCUCCUCCUUCUGCUGACCCCCGCCAUUGGUGGUCACGAUGUGAAAGCUGGCCGUCAGCGAGUCGGCGUCCCUCCACACGGGUGUGCUGGAGUCGCUCUCAGCGAUGCCCGAUGGGGAGCGGGCAAGUGCUGGUGACGGGUGUAUGGCUGCUGUAGUGCCCAUCUUGGCUUUGCGCGACCUCAGGAUGUAGAUGUAGGCGAUGAGGGAGAUGCUCAUGACACACGCCAAGGCCACCAGGAAGAGCUCGAAGGACAGGCGCAGGUGCGACUUGUGGGCGGCGGGAGGGCCUGAUGUGAUUGAUGGGUCAAAACAUGGGGACACGCGGAUUCCAUGUCAGCGCGCUGAUGUACACUACACACGGGCUCACGCCCGCUUCCUUACCUUGUAGAAGGGCGAGUAUGCUUGCUGUCGAUCCGCUGGCUGCCUCGCCCGCCGAGAAGGCGAUGAGAUACGCCGGCAGGUACUGCAGCACAAACGGCCAGUACACUAUUGACGUGGCGCAGUCACCAGCACCUACACACACACACACACAUCCAUCUGGGUGAGCUCAAGCAGCCAAUCCCACGUGCUGUCCCCUGCAGCUCACUCACUCACCGAUGAGUAGCACCACCAGCAGCAGCACAACACUGACUCGGUUUUCCUUAUCAUGGCCAUGCGGCGCUGACAUCUUGACCAGCUGGAGCCUGCUGCUGCUCCCAGGGCCUCCUCCUAUGACGAGUUGCCACUGCCAACCCACACUGCACACAACACAGGGGGGGCGCCACAGAUGAUGAGCACACACAUGGCAUGGCAUGGCAGCCCAGCCACAAUGAGAAGAGCAUGAGAGCAUGUUGGUGACACACACACCUGCCAAAGAGGAGCAGCAAGAUGCCCAUGACGAGGAGGGAGAUGAUGAUAGUGGACUCAGGCAGACGACGCAGCCCGCGAAGGGAACGUCGACCCUGAUGGAUGGAUGGACGGACGGAAGACAGAAAUUCAACACAUUGGUGACACACAUUGUGUGUGUUGUGUUGUGUCGCGUGCCGUGUCCCUCCCUCUUGGCUGACUUGCUCGAAAAGGAUCAUCAGUGGCAGGAAGUUGCCGAUUUGUAUUGCAAGUGUCAUCCAUGUGGUGAUGGUAAGGCCUUCCGGCAGCGUCUUGAUCAGCAGCGCAACUUGCGUCCACAAACCACUGCAGGCCAACUCAUGUGAGUGAGGCGGCAUGGUCCCCGGUGUGUGCCUUGGUGUGUGCAUGUCUGUGUGUGCGUGCGUGUGUGUGUGUGUGUUGUACUUGAUAGACACCCACGAGGAGAUGCCGAAGAGGAAGAAAGCCACGGAAACAGAGGGGAAGACUCGUGGGAGCGCUAGGGAAGGCAAGGCAUCUGCCUGGCCAUCGUCUUUCUCUUUUCCCAUUUCUGCGUCAGAGUCUUCAGAUCUCACAAGUGGUAGCGCCACCACCUUCUCAGCCUCCAUUCC